GGGGGGCGCGCGCUCUGUAAAAGGCUUGGUUCACAAGUAACCAAUCACCAGGAAGACUGGUGACCGCAACCAAUCACCGCCAGAUGUGUGUGCCGCCUUGUAGCCAAUUAACGAGUGCGGUAUGGGACACCGGAGCGAAUCAGAAGGCGGACACUUGGAGACGCCGGUGGGGGGGAGUGGUAGUAUGGAGGAGGAAGCGAAGUCUGGGCCCGGGCCCGUUGGGCGACUGGAUAUGAGCCAUGGCUUCGUCCAUCACAUCCGCCGGAACCAGAAAGCGCGAGAUGAUUAUGACAGGGAAGUGAAACAAGCGAAAGAGAAGCAGAAGAGGAGAUAUACCCCAAGGCCUUCACGCCCCAAGAAACCGGACUUGCAGGUUUACCACCCCCGUCAGAAAGAAAGCUCCCACCCCAGUGCAGGUUUGGCUGAGGAUGACAUUAGUGAGAGCAGUUCCAGUACGGACCCUGAGCAGCUUGGAAAUCAGCUCUUCUGUUUGGAGUUUGAGGCAGAUGAUGGCGAGGUCACAUCCAUCAUUGUAUAUGAGGAUGAUGAUGCUGAGCAAGUUGCAGCAAAGAUAUCUGUUCAGAACCAGCUGGAAGCCAGGAUGAAAGAAGCCCUUAAAAGAAGAAUCCAGGAAGAAAUCACUAAAAGAAGGGUGCACCGCUGAGUUUCGUUUUAAUAGAAGAGCGUGCAAAUGAACAAAUAUUUGCUCUGGUUAUACCGUGCCGGACUUUGUCUCUUUCUGAGUUGUGUAGGGUUCAUGGUGCCGAGGGUAGACUUCAGAAUGUGUGCUGAUCAGAAUGUAGAAAUCCUAUAUUAUCGGAGAGUAUUGCAGAAUUGGGCUUCAGAGAGGGCUGUCUGCAGCGUUGGAGUUUUUUGCUGUGAGUAUAUAAGGAACGUGAGCUCCUUCCUCUCCUGGUGGUCAGGUAGAUCUUUGGCAAAUGAGGAGUUUGGAGUACCAGUGCCUUAAUUGUUAGCCAAAACUGGCUCUGUUUGAAUUUGAGUUUUUUUUAUAUAUUUAUUUGAUCUGACAAUAGAGGUUGUGUUGGCACUAGAUCUCAUAUGUAAUUCUAGGUACUGGGUAUAUGUGAUAUCUCAGCUGAGCUGGAACUGUUACUAAAGGGAGUACCAAGCCUAGGUUUACACUGGGCUGUGGGAAUGAAAUUGUGCAGCUUAACUCGCACAAUUUCAUUCCCGCAUGUCGGUCCUGAAUUCAGGGGCGAUUUCAGAAACAUCUGUGUGAAUUUCUGCACAGAUGUCAAUAGAAAUCACACCCCCAAAUCGAGAAAAGUAGUACAGAAACAACUUUCGGGAAUCGGUGCAGUGUCGCACCGAUUCGGCCGAUGCCAUUGCUGCCGAUUUGGCAUGCCAAAUCGCAUCAAUGUGAACCAGGGCUAAAGGGAAUUGCAUUUUUUUUUUUUUUUUUUUUUCCCCCCGUUGCUCUAAUAACCACACCAGAAUACAGCUUGGGUUAAAAAACAAAGUAUUAAUAGAUUGUGGUUUAAAACAUUGUUUUGUUUUAAAGAGCAUCUGAAUUUGUUGUAAAAAAUAAAAUAAAUAAAAAUGCAACAA